AUGAUUUUAAAAAUAUUAUUCGUACUUUUAACCUUUUCCCUCCCAUGUUCUUUCUCUGUGCAUUCUGCCGCGUUAACUGAUUUCUUUUUUAAUUAUAACCUUUUUUGUUUCUUUAUUUUCAUAAAGUUGGCUCAGCUCUCCAUUCAUAUCUCUGUUUCUGACUUACUCUCUUUUAUGCCUACUUUCUCGCUCGUCUUAUCUUUUACGCAUUCAUAUUUUACGUCAUGCUAUUCUAUAACUUUCUCAUUAUCACUCUCUUCACACAUCCAUUCAUUCAAUCCCUCUUUCUUACUUUCCUCCCUCUUUGUACCCCCUCUUUCUUCAUCUCUCAUUCUUACUAUAUCUUUCUUACUCCUUCUCUUUCACUGUUUAAUUUUUGCUCUCUUUCUCACCCUCUCGUUCUCAUCCUCCAUUUCUCAGCCUCUCUUUUUCAUCCGCUUUUUCUUCCUUUCCACUAAAAUAGCUUACUCAUCUUCCUAUCCUCUUGUCAAUCGCAGUUUCCUUGCCCCCACCAGCUCUUUCAAGUCACUGGGGGGAAGCGCCAAGUUACACUCCUGCCAGAAUGAUCAAUCAACAACAGCAAUAUCACCCCGAGCAACCUCUCUCUCUCUCUCUCUCUCUCUCUCUCUCUCUCUCUCUCUCUCUCUCUCUCUCUGA